CUUCCGCCAGCGAGUCUCCUGCUUCCUGCCCCUCGCCGGUGCUUCUGUUGGGUUUCCUAGACCGGAGCGAUGGAGCAGCCAGGGCCGGAGAGCGAUGCCGACCAGCCGGAGGGACCUGACCCUGAGCUGUCAGCCACGAUGGGCUUCUCUGGAUUCGGAAAGAAAGCUCGAACUUUUGACUUCAAUGCAAUGUUUGAACAAACUCGAAGAACGGCUGUGGAAAGAAGUAGGAAGAUUCUGGAAGAACGUGAGAAAGCAGCUGCUGAGAAAGAAAAAGAACUUGGUAAUCAGCUUGGAGUUGAUAAUUUGUCAGCUGCAACUCCAUGCCCAGUAGGAAGGACAUCUUCCAGAGACUCAGCAAGCUGUGAAAGCGAAGAUAGCUCAGAUGAUGAACUGAUUGGUCCACCUCUGCCACCCCAAGGGUCAGUGGAAGAUUCUGAUGAUGAACUCAUUGGCCCUCCACUUCCUCCUGGCUAUGAGGGCAGUGAUAAGGAUGAAGAUGAGGAUGACAAUGAUAAUAUCCAGGAAGAAGAUGAGGAUCCUGUGAAGAAGAUUCCUGACUCACAUGAAAUUACACUGAAUCAUGGAACAAAAACGGUCUCUGCAUUAGGACUGGAUCCUUCAGGUGCCCGAUUGAUAACUGGAGGCUAUGACUAUGAUGUUAGGUUUUGGGAUUUUGCUGGAAUGGAUGCAUCUCUUCAGGCUUUCCGAUCUUUGCAACCAUGUGAAUGUCACCAGAUAAAGUCUCUGCAGUACAGCAGCACAGGGGAUGUUAUUCUCGUUGUUGCGGGUAAUGCGCAAGCUAAGGUCCUUGACAGAGAUGGCUUUCCUGUAAUGGAAUGUGUGAAAGGAGACCAGUACAUUGUGGACAUGGCAAACACCAAGGGACACACAGCAAUGCUUAAUUCAGGUUGCUGGCAUCCCAAAAUAAAGGAGGAGUUUUUGACAUGCUCCAAUGAUGGAACUGUGAGAACAUGGGAUGUCACCAAUGACAAAAAACAUAAAGGUGUGUUUAAACCACGGUCCGCCCAAGGUAAACGGGUGAUACCCACAAGCUGCACAUACAGCAGAGAUGGAAAACUCAUUGCAGCUGGCUGCCAAGAUGGGUCCAUCCAGAUCUGGGACAGGAAUAUGAACGUUCAUACCAAGUUCCACUGCAGGCAAGCACAUGCUCCAGGCAGUGACACUUCAUGCUUGACAUUUUCCUAUGAUGGUACAAUUCUUGCUAGUCGGGGAGGUGAUGAUACCUUAAAAACAUGGGACAUCAGGCAGUUUAAAACACCUGUUAAUUCCGUUCUUGGUCUACCUAGUUUCUUCCCCAUGACUGACUGCUGUUUCAGCCCAGAUGAUAAAUUACUUGUAACUGGUACUUCUGUUAAGAAGGGACAUGGCAAUGGAAAACUACUCUUUUUUGAGCGGGAGACAUUUAAGAAAGUAUAUGAGCUAGAUGUCACAGAUGCGAGUGUUGUCCGUUGUCUCUGGCAUCCUAAGCUGAAUCAAAUCAUGGUUGGUACAGGAAAUGGCUUGGCUAAGGUAUACUAUGAUCCCUUCAAGAGUCAAAGGGGAGCAAAAUUAUGUGUUGUAAAGACAAAAAGAAAAGAGAGACAAGCAGAGACACUCACACAGGAUUAUAUUAUCACACCACAUGCACUUCCCAUGUUUCGUGAACCACGCCAACGAAGUACAAGAAAGCAGCUGGAAAAGGAUAGAUUGGAUCCCAUGAAAUCUCAUAAACCUGAACCUCCAGUAGCAGGACCGGGUCGUGGUGGUCGUGUUGGAACUCAUGGCGGUACUCUGUCUUCGUACAUAGUCAAGAAUAUUGCGCUGGAUAAAACUGAUGAUAGCAACCCUCGGGAGGCCAUUUUACGACAUGCAAAGGAAGCAGAGGAGAACCCAUACUGGGUUGCUCCAGCAUAUUCUAAGACCCAGCCAAAAGCUGUGUUUGCAGAAGUAGAAUCAGAUGAAGAUGAACCAGAUGAUAAGCCAGAAUGGAAAAAACGUAAAAUUUGAAGAACUUAAAUUGAAGGAGACUCACCAAGGACUUGAGACAGAGUUGAAUUCUUUUUCCUCCUGCAAUAAAAUUACAUUUCUGCA